CGAAUGCGACCGUGUCUUUAACCCUCACGAGCGGGAAAACCUACAAUGUUGGCCAGAGUGACGCCCGCUUACGUAGGAGAUGCUGUGGAGAGAUAGUACACUCGGUGGAUUCGCGACCUGUGGCACUGCAGCGAUCAACACCUACCUAACGAUCAACAAACGGCACCACAACCGCUCGGACUGAAGCAACUUUACGCGUGUGACGUACUGACCCAAAAAUCUGGAUGUCCCAGUACUCCCAGUAGUCCCAGUAGGCGUGCGCCACUAACUUCAACCAGGUCUUCAAGCACCCGAGAUCGAUUCCUCGUCCGGACUCUAUUUGACUGAGUUCCCCAAAGUGAUAUCCCCAACGUGGGCCUUAACCGGGAACUGGAAUCCGGACUCUCCGGGAAGAUUCGAACGUCCGGAAUGUCCAGUAACGACUCCCACCAGUAGCACCUGUCACGAGUCGUCCCCCGACCACAAUCAGGUCACCCAACACACAACAACAGACGGGUGGACAGCAUAAUUCCUCAUCAUGUACGGAUUCGUGAACUAUGCACUAGAGCUGCUGGUGUUAAAGAACUUUGGCGUCGAUAUAUGGGAACAAAUCAAGAAGAAGGCGCAGGUGACGAUGGAGGGCCAGUUUCUGGUCCGGCAGAUCUACGAGGAUGACAUCACGUACAACCUGAUAGAGGCCGCCGUCGAUAUACUGAAUAUUCCGGCCGGUGACAUACUGGAGCUGUUCGGGAAAACGUUCUUCGAGUUCUGCCAGGACUCGGGCUACGACAAGAUCCUCCAGGUGCUGGGGGCGACCCCGCGCGAUUUCCUGCAGAACCUGGACGCGCUGCACGACCACCUGGGCACACUGUACCCGGGCAUGCGGGCGCCCUCGUUCCGCUGCACCGAAACGGACGGCCAGCUGGUGCUGCACUACUACUCGGAGCGCCCGGGCCUGGAGCACAUCGUGAUCGGCAUCGUGAAGGCGGUCGCCUCCAAGCUGCACGGUGUCGACGUGGAGAUCAAAAUCAUCCAGCGCAAGGGCGACCUGCUCGAGGCGAAAACCCAGAAGGUGCGCCCCAAAGGCACGGGCCCGGCCCCGCCAACCGCCCCGGGGCCAGUUCCUAGCGUCUCGUCCGACCCGGCCGUCCCGGAGCUGGCUGGGUUGGGCCUGUGCAAGCGCAUUCUGGCCUCGAAAACGUACGGUGAAUCUUAUUUCUCCAGUAGAAUUACUAGUUUAGCGACCUCCAAGAGUUCGAGCACCCUCAAGGAACCGGCGGGCCUGCCGUCGUCCUCGUCGGCGCGGACACUGCCGUUGGCGUCUCCGUCGACCUCCAGUCUCGAUGGCAAUAAGCAGCCUCACAGCAGCAGCACUAGUCAGAACGGGAACCAUAGGGAUGUACAGUUUUACGCGGGCGUUAGCAAGGCGCCUAGUAAACACACCGUAGACCACUGUGAUAGCGACAUCGGCAGGGCUAUCGGGGACUGUGGAGCGGACCAGCGGAAACAGUCGCCGACGGGUGCGGGGGCGACGGCGGCACCACCAGAGCGCUCGGACCAUAUCCAGUUUCUGAUCACGGAGAUCUCGGGGCCGGAGAAGACACCGACGCGGCGCUCGGAUGGCGACAAGGAGCAGCAGGCAGCAGCUGCCAGCUAUCAGCUGGUGGCCCGAGAGCCGAUGAUAUCGCCGACGACGUUCUGCAAGAUCUUCCCGUUCCACCUGAUGUUCGACCGGAACAUGCACAUCGUGCACGCGGGCCGAUCGGUUUCGCGGGUCAUCCCGAGGAUUCAGGAGAAGCAGUGCCCGUUGCUGGCCCUGUUCGAGGCAGUCCGCCCACAUCUGCAGCUCAGCUUCGACAACAUCCUGGCGCACAUCAACACGAUCUACGUGUUGAAGACGAAUGCCGGUGUGAUGUCCAAAAGUGAGCGAUACCUAAGACUGAAGGGCCAAAUGAUGUACAUCCCGAGCUCGGAUCUCAUACUCUUCCAGUGCUACCCGAGCGUGAUGAACUUGGACGACCUGACGAAAAAGGGGCUCCACAUUUCGGACAUACCGCUGCACGAUGCGUCGCGCGAUCUGGUGCUGCUGAGUGAGAAGUUCGAGGCCGAAUACAAGCUCACCACGAACCUGGAGAUCCUGACGGACCGGCUGCAGCAGACGUACCGGGAUCUGGAGAGCGAGAAGCAGAAGACGGACCGGUUGCUCUACUCGGUGCUACCGAAGACGGUCGCCAACGAGCUGCGGCAUCAGCGGCCGGUCGCUCCGAAGCGCUACGACUCGGUCACGCUGAUGUUCUCGGGCAUCGUCGGGUUCGGGCAGUACUGUGCCGCCAACACGGACGCCGAGGGUGCCAUGAAGAUCGUGAAGAUGCUGAACCAGCUGUACACGAUCUUCGACGAGCUGACCGACUCGAAGAGCAACUCGAACAUCUACAAGGUGGAGACGGUCGGCGACAAGUACAUGGCCGUGUCGGGGCUGCCGGACGAGUGCGAGAACCACGCCAAGUGUAUCGCCCGGCUCGCGCUCGACAUGCUCGACAUGGCCAAGAACGUCAAGAUGGGCUCCGAGUCUGUGCAAAUCACUAUCGGCAUCCAUUCGGGCGAAGUCGUCACGGGGGUGAUCGGGAACCGGAUGCCCCGGUACUGCCUGUUCGGGAACACCGUGAACCUGACCAGCCGCACCGAGACCACGGGCGUCCCGGGACGGAUCAACAUCAGCGAAACCACCUACAAGCUUCUGUGCGAUCCUGUUAAUCACGACCCCUCCUUCAACCUGGAGUACCGUGGACCGGUGGUGAUGAAGGGUAAACCGGAGCCGAUGGACUGCUGGUUUCUCACGCGCAGCUCGGCCCAGGCAACCAAUUAGUGGAGUAGAACCUAUAG